CGGAGUAGUGAGCUCUAAGAUUCCCAUUAUGGAAGAAAUAAGCAAAAAACAUCGAGAUGAUUUAAUUCUCUUCGUAAAUGGCAAAAAGAUCGUGGAGAAAAAUGCAGAGCCAGAGAUGACGCUGCUGACCUACCUCAGGAGAAAGUUGUGUUUGACAGGAACUAAGCUGGGAUGUGCUGAAGGUGGUUGUGGUGCCUGCACUGUCAUGGUGUCCCGGUUCCACUCAAAUCGGAAUGCGAUUGUUCACCAGGCUGUCAAUGCUUGCCUGGCACCUAUAUGCUCUCUGCAUCACUGUGCUGUCACUACAGUGGAGGGGAUUGGUAGUGUAGCCAGCAAAGUCCAUCCUGUGCAGGAGCGGAUCGCUAAGGCACAUGGAUCGCAGUGUGGGUUCUGUACUCCAGGAAUCGUCAUGUCCAUGUAUGCCCUGCUGAGGAACAACCCACAGCCUAUGAUGCGGGACAUCGAGGAGGCCUUCCAGGGCAACCUGUGUCGCUGCACGGGAUAUAGACCCAUAUUGGAGGGCUACAAAACCUUCACAAAGCAGAAGGAAGGAUGCUGUGGGAGCAGAGGAAAGGCUGGUGCCUGCUACAUGAUCACUGGACAGAAAGAAGAGAAAGCAGAAUUGGGGGAUUCAACUAAUUCAGUUCAACAAUUGUUUGAUCCAUCAGAAUUUAUGCCACUGGACCCAACACAAGAGAUUAUUUUCCCUCCUGAAUUGAUGAGUCUUAGUAAACAGCCACUAAGAGAGUUGAGGUUCAUUGGGGAGAGAAUGCAAUGGAUUCAGCCCAGUUCACUGAAAGAACUUCUGCAGCUAAAGGCAGAGUAUCCAGCAGCCAAGCUGGUGGUCGGUAACACUGAAGUGGGUAUAGAGAUGAAAUAUAAGAAUCAAUUUUACCCUCUGAUCCUGGCACCGGCCUUCAUAGAUGAAUUGAACAGCAUCCAGUACACUGAAAAUGGGAUUGUCUUUGGAGCAUCUGUCACACUGACUCUGCUGGGGAAUGUGUUGCAUGGGGAGGUGAACAAACUGCCCAGCUACAAGACUGAAGUCUUUCAGGCGAUUCUCCGGCAGUUACACUGGUUUGCCGGACAACAGAUCCGAAAUGUGGCAGCUAUUGGUGGCAAUAUUAUGACAGCAAGCCCUAUUUCAGACCUUAAUCCUGUGUUUAUGGCGGCCGGCUGUAAGCUAACUCUGAUGUCCAAAGAUGGGAAACGUGUCCUUCAGAUGGAUGACAAGUUCUUCACAGGCUACAGGAAAACUGCUUUGAAACCAGAAGAGAUUCUGCUGUCCAUUGAGAUCCCAUACACAAGAAAGGGACAGUAUUUUUCAGCCUUUAAGCAAUCACCUCGCAAAGAAGAUGACAUUGCCAUUGUCACCUGUGGGAUGAACGUGGUCUUCUGGGAGGGUUCUAACAUUGUGCAGGAUAUCCAGCUCAGCUACGGAGGAAUGGCUUCCACGACUGUUCUCGCCACAACUACGCGCAGUCAACUUAUUGGACGGCAGUGGGAUGAGGAGAUGUUGCAGGAUGCCUGCUCUUACUUAACUGAGGAGAUGACAUUGUCUCCCUCUGCGCCAGGCGGCAUGGUGGCGUACAGACGCACACUCACCAUCAGCCUGUUCUUCAAAUUCUUCCUCACUGUCCAGCAUAAACUGGCUCAGGAGCAUCUUUCUACUGAGGAUAUCAGACCUGAUUAUGCCAGUGCUGUAGCGCCUUCCCAUCUGGACUCAGCAACCAGCAUUCAACUUUUCCAGGCAGUCCCUCCUGGUCAGAACAUGGAUGAUGUGAUUGGCCGCCCCAUCAUGCAUCUGUCUGCAGUGAAGCAGGCUACAGGAGAGGCAGUCUAUUGUGACGACAUCCCUUGUUAUAAGAAUGAGCUCUAUUUGGCUUUGGUCACCAGCACUAAACCUCAUGCUUACAUUAAAUCUAUAGAUACUACAGAUGCCAUGGCAGUUCCAGGAGUGGUUACAUUUGUCUGUGCCAAGGACAUUCCUGGGAGCAACAAAACAGGACCUGUGGUCUAUGAUGAGACUGUCCUUGCUGAUGAAAAGGUCACAUGUGUGGGUCACAUAGUGGGAGCCAUUGUGGCAGACACACCAGCCCAUGCACAGAGGGCAGCCAAAGCUGUGAGGAUCUCUUAUCAGGAACUGCAGGCUGUGAUUAUCACCAUUCAGGAUGCCAUUGCAAAUGAGUCAUUCUACCAGCCCACACGAACUAUAGAAAGAGGAGAUCUCACUCAAGGGUUUCAAGAGUCUGAUAACAUUCUCCAAGGUGAGAUACACAUAGGGGGCCAGGAGCACUUUUACCUGGAGACAAACUGUACAUUGGCCGUACCUCGAGGAGAAGAUGGAGAAAUGGAGCUGUUUGUGUCCACCCAGUCAACCGCUAAGACACAAGCACUUGUGGCAAAAGCACUGGGGGUACCAGCCAGUCACAUAGUGUGUCGAGUGAAGCGAAUGGGAGGAGGUUUCGGUGGGAAAGAGACCCGGAGCACCAUUCUCUCAACGAUUGUGGCUGUUGCUGCUCAUAAAGUCAAGAGAGCAGUGCGCUGCAUGCUGGACCGUGAUGAGGACAUGCUGGUGUCAGGAGGCCGACACCCAUUCUUUGGACGUUACAAGGUUGGAUUUAAGAAAAAUGGAAAAGUGAUGGCUCUUGAUGUGACCUACUACAGCAAUGCAGGAAAUUCAAUGGACCUCUCUCUCUCAAUUAUGGAGCGGGCACUCUUGCAUAUGGACAACUGCUAUAACAUCCCCCAUGUUCGUGGGACUGGCUACAUAUGUAGGACCAAUUUGCCUUCCAACACUGCGUUUAGGGGCUUUGGUGGGCCACAGGGCAUGAUGGUAGCAGAGAGCUGGAUAAAUGAUGUGGCUUUGUCCUGUGGGCUCCCUGCUGAACAGGUGAGGGAGCUGAAUUUGUACAAGCAGGGAGAAUACACGCCUUUUAACCAGUGUCUGGAGCAGUUCACCAUAGACCGUUGCUGGAGAGAGUGCAUGAACAUCUCAGACUUUCACCAGCGCAAGGCCAAUGUAGAGCUGUAUAACAAGCAGCAUCGCUGGACCAAGCGAGGAUUGUCCAUCAUUCCCACCAAGUUUGGCAUCAGCUUCACUGCAGUCUUCCUCAACCAGGCAGGAGCACUGGUUCAUAUCUACACAGAUGGUUCAGUUCUUCUCACUCAUGGUGGAACAGAAAUGGGACAAGGCCUGCACACUAAAAUGGUCCAGGUUGCCAGCAGAACUCUGGAAAUCCCCAGCACAAAGAUCUUCAUCAGUGAGACCAGCACUAACACAGUCCCCAACACCAGCCCCACCGCAGCCUCUGCGUCCUCAGACCUCAAUGGCAUGGCUGUCUAUAACGCUUGCAAGACGUUGCUGCAGAGACUGGAGCCAUACAAAGCCAAGAACCCUAAAGGCUUCUGGGAGGACUGGGUGACAGCAGCUUACUUUGAUAGAGUGAACUUAUCAGCAAAUGGAUUUUAUAAGACUCCAGAUCUUGGCUAUGACUUUGAAACAAAUUCAGGGCAUCCAUUUAACUACUUUAGUUAUGGUGUAGCUGUCUCAGAGGUGGAGAUUGACUGUCUGACUGGCAGCCACAAGAACCUUCAUACCUCCAUUGUCAUGGAUGUGGGCAAAAGUCUGAACCCAGCGCUGGACAUUGGUCAGGUGGAGGGUGCAUUCAUGCAAGGUGUGGGUCUGUUUACACUAGAGGAGUUGCGCUACUCUUCUCAGGGUUAUCUCUAUACCCGUGGUCCUGGCAUGUACAAAAUUCCUGCUUUUGGAGACAUUCCCACUGAACUGAAGGUCUCCCUCCUCAGAGAUGCUCCCAAUGAGAAGGCCAUCUUCUCCUCAAAGGCUGUUGGAGAGCCUCCUCUCUUUCUGGCUGCUUCAGUCUUUUAUGCAAUUAAAGAUGCCAUCACAGCUGCCAGGGCAGAAUCUGGUCUUAUUGGCCCCUUCAGACUGGACAGUCCUGCCACACCUGAAAGAAUACGCAAUGCUUGUGAGGACAAAUUCACCAAACUGUGUCCUCCUCCUGAGCCAGGGACCUACACACCAUGGGAUGUGAGGGUCUAAGCCACAGAAGACCAAGACAUUUAGCAUUUAAUACUGUCCCCCUGGUUGUAUCUGAAGCAAUAUUGGCUCUCAUAGCACACUCAGUUGUCUUAGCAUCUCUUAGCAAGAAAAGACUUAAUUAAUGUUCUGUUUCAUAUUAUUUAACUAAUCAACAAAGUUAAUUGUUGAUUUUAGGCAAACUGAUGAGAAUUACCUUCAGAGCUAUGAAUUAUUAGUAAAUGAAUUAUCAUCUUUGUCUCCCAUUAUUAAAUCUUACUACUCCCCAACCCUCCACUUAGUGGUGUCACCAAUCCUAAUCUAACAUUGUAUCAAUUAAUGAUUUCUGAAGAAAAUAAUUAGAUGAAUCAGCAGUUUUAGGAUUGUCACUAAACUGCAGGUAACCCCAGGAGCAGGGAGCGUUUGCUCCAAUUAAUUUAUACUCUAAAUCCAAUUUAAAGCAUUUCAUGCCACAAAUUAUUCAGAUCAAAUCAGUUUAAUUUUCAAAUGCUAUUUACAACAAAACAUAUUCGCAAUACAUUUACAGAAAUAUAUGUCCAGUUCUCUAAUGAACAAACUCAGAGGCAAAGAAAAGUCCUUUCUUGAGGCCAGUAGGAGGAGCUAAGACUUACAAAGGGAAAUUUAUUUUCUUCUGGGCUACACAGGAUAGUGCAUUAAUGAUCCAUGAGAUAAGAUAUUGAUAAAUAGUAUACAGAAGAAUAUAUUCAAUUAUGCCAUAACUUCAUCAUAAUUCAUCAUGACUGUGGUACUGUAAAAACCUUAUUGAAACCAGUUUAGAAACAAAUACUCUUUUG